AUGUCUCACAUUCGUAAAGGUUCAUCUGCAUCAAGUCCCGAUUUUCGUAACAUAAAUGUGAAUUCAAGAAAUCCUUUGUCUGAUAUAUCUAACGUUGAUAUAUGCAGCAACACUGAUAAAACUGAAGCUGUUGAAAGAACAAAAGCUAGAAGAAUAUAUUCCAAUAGUAAAAGAUUCAAUACAACCUCAUCGCAGAGUCAAUCCACACUAAAUUAUUCAACUGAGAAUAAUAAAGAGAAUUUAAGUUCAUCCACAUCUCCCAUGUAUAACAGAUCAUUUUCUAGCCGUGGUAUAAACAUCAAUUUUUCUUGCGGUUUAUCAUCUUCGGAAAUUCAUAACACGAAUCUUCCUUUUUCAACAUAUCCUUCACAUGAUAUUUCCAAUGUUGCUAUACGUAAUGUAGACAAGGAUGAGGCUGCAAAAAGAAGGAAGGCUAGACGAAACAUUGCAUCUUCCAGUGGUAUUCCAACAAACAUUACAAGCAACUCAGCAUCUACUUUAAGUCUUGACAUCAUACCUUCGUCAUCAUCUAGAAUUCCACCAAAUACUAUUCUCGCAUCAGACGAACCUUCACCAUUGACAAGAAUAUCAUCAGGAAAGCGUAAAUUAGUAAGAAAACGACGAAACUUAACACCUAUACCUAUUAUUGAUUUGACAACAGAUGAUGAUAACGAGGUUGCUGAUAUCAUAGAUCAACAUUUAAAAGGUGUUUCAAAAGACUACUUGGAUCAUGGUGACCAGAUAAUCGUUUGUCGAACGUGUAACGCAAAGCUAUGGAAAGCAGAGGCGGAUAGGGGAGAACAUAAGCGAAAUAAACUUAACUAUUUCCUUUGUUGUUCAUACGGUAAAGUUUUGUUACCUGAUUUUAAUCAGCCUCCUGAAAUUUUGAAAGAUCUAUAUGUUGGCGUCAGUGCGAAGAGCAAAUUCUUUUUAAAAAACAUUCGGCGUUAUAAUUCUAUGGGCUCAAACACUUCUUUUACAACAACUGAGUCAGCUUUUGAUGUUCAGAUCAUUGAGGAACUUACACUUAUGUUAGACACUAACAACGCUUUGGUUAAAAGUUAUAGACAAGCUAGAAACUGUUUAAAUGAAAACCCUUACAUCGACUUGAAGCUUUGUCUUAUUGGUAAAAGAUCCAAAGAUGGUAGGACAUAUAACCUUCCUGAAGCUUCUGAAGUUGCUGCAUUAGUUAUUGGAGAUCUGACUCAAGCUGUUGAGAAUCGUGAUAUAGUAGUGAAAAGAAGAUCUGGUCGGAUUGAGCGCAUAAGUGAAUUACAUUCUUCUUAUCUUUCUCUACAAUACCCUCUUCUAUUUCCAUAUGGAGAAGAUAUGUACAGGGUUGACAUUCUUCAUAGAGGUCUCAAUCCAGACACGAACAUCAAACGUCCAAUGUGUACUAUGCGUGAGUUCUUUGCUUACAGAUUACAAGAUCGUGUCGAUAAGUUUUCUGUUAUUCGUAAUGCAAAAAGACUUUUCCAACAAUUUGUUGUUGAUGCUUACACUAUGAUCGAGAGUGAAAGGUUGUUUUACAUACGGCGACAACAAACGCAUUUGAGGUCAGAAACUGUUCAGAAUAUACAAAAUGCAAAUAAUGCUGGUAAAAAAGAUAUGUCAAAAAUUGGAACACGUAUCUUUAUUCCAUCUUCCUUCACUGGCGGUUCUCGAUAUAUGAUGCAAAAUUACUUAGAUGCAAUGUCUUUGUGCAAAUGGUUUGGGUAUCCAGAUUUUUUCAUCACUAUUACAUGUAAUCCAAAAUGGCCGGAAGUGCAAAGGUUUUUAAAAGAUACGACGAUAAGGCCUGAAGAUAGACCGGAUAUUUUGUGUCGAAUUUUCAAGAUAAAACUAGAUUCCAUAACAAAAGACUUGAAAGAAGGCAAGUUGCUGGGUAGAGUUAAUUCUGUUGUCUAUACUGUUGAAUUUCAAAAACGCGGACUUCCUCAUGCACACAUAUGUGUAUUCAUGCAUUCUGACAGCAAGAUACUAUCGGUUGACCAACUAGAUCCAAUCAUUUCUGCCGAAAUUCCAGACAUAGCCGAGGAUCCAGAGUUAUAUAAACUUGUGGCAGACUACAUGAUUCAUGGUCCGUGUGGUCCUCUCAAUAUGAAUUGUCCUUGCAUGAUCGAUCGUAAGUGUUUCAAGAAGUUUCCUAAAAAAUUUGUUAACGAAACAUGUUUGGAUAAAAAAGGAUUUCCAGAUUAUCGUAGAAGGGAUUCUGGCCUAUCUGUUGUUAAAUCACGUGUGAACGUAGACAAUAGAUAUGUUGUUCCAUAUAGUAAAGUGCUGUUAAAAAGAUACCAGGCGCAUAUUAACGUUGAAUGGUGCAAUCAAGUUGGUUCUAUCAAAUAUUUGUUCAAGUACAUUAACAAAGGCCCAGAUAGAACUACUCUUAGAGUUGUUGAAAGUGGAAAUCAGGAUGAGCAGGAACCUGUAGUCGAUGAGAUAGAAAAGUAUUACGAUUGUCGGUAUAUUUCUGCAUGCGAAUCUGCUUGGAGGAUCUUUUCCUAUGAUAUUCAUUAUCGAUAUCCCGCAGUUAUUCGAUUGUCGUUUCAUUUACCUGGUCAGCAAAACGUAGUAUAUGGCGCAGACGAUGACAUUGACGAGGUUCUUAACAAACCAUCUGUUGCUUCUACUAUGUUCUUAUCUUGGAUGAAAUGUAACGAAAGAUUACCUGAGGCACGUAAUCUUACAUAUGUUGAGUUUCCAUCAAAGUUUGUUUUUAAAUUAAGUACUCGCAGUUGGGAUAUAAGGAAACGACAUCCUUCAAUCGGUAGGAUUCAUUCGGUGUUUCCUUCAGCUGGUGAAGCAUACUACCUCAGAAUAUUAUUGAACAAAGUAAAGGGACCAAAAUCUUUUGAAGAUAUUCGUACUGUAAAUGGUACUUGGUAUCCAACUUUCAGGGACGCAUGCUAUGCGCUAGGGCUUUUGGAUGAUGACAACGAGUACAUUGAAGCUAUUAAAGAAGCUAAUGUGUAUGGAAGCGCUACUUAUCUACGGACGUUAUUUGGAACAAUGCUGAUGUCUGGUAGUUUGUCUAGACCUGAUUUUGUAUGGGAGAAGACAUGGACGUAUUUAUCGGAUGACAUUUUAUAUAGACAAGAAAAACAUUUAAAUGUUGAUGAUUUAAAUUACUCUGACGAAGAAAUAAAGAAUUUGGCAUUGUUAGAGAUUAAGAAGUUCUUACUUCGUAAUAACUCAUCGCUGAGGAACUAUUCAAAUAUGCCUUACCCUGAUGAUGAGUCUAUUUCUUCGUCUAACAAUCGAUUGAUCAACGAGGAGUUAUCUUAUUACCAAAAUACCAUGGAAGAUGAGUUGAAUAAUAUGUUAACUUUUAACAGAUGA